UUGACUGCAGUACCUGUUGCAGAAAAUUUAACAACAGACAUAUGCAUUUCUCCAAGCAGCUUUGAUAAUUUUAUUACUCAAAGUUUUCAGGUAAUCAGCAAUUGCCUAAAUCCGGACUGGGCGACCAAAAUUCGUAUUGCGUACUUUUUUGAAGAACAGCAGCGUUUACUCUUCGAAGUGUUUGAUAAAGGCCCGGGAAAGGAAAAAACGCGAAUUGGAUCAGCAACUCUCCUCUUGCAUGAAAUUUUGGGAGCGAAAUAUAAUCGUAAAACAACGAAACUAUAUGAAGAUGGUAAAAAUUAUGGCACUAUUAUGGUGACUGCUGAAGAACUGAGUAAAGGAAGGCAGGAAUCGGUGUAUUUUGUUUGUAGUGCAACUAAGCUGGAUCGAAAAGAUUUCCUUGGCAAAUGUGAUCCGUUCUUGAAAAUAUCCCGGAUCAACAAGGAUAAUACGUAA